AUGACACCUGUGUACCUGUUGGUCUUGGCUCUGGGCGUCUGCUCAGCCUAUGAGCCAUGGCUCUGCCCCACAGAGUUGCUGGAGAGCGAGAGGGUCGACUGCUUUGAGGAGCCUGGAGCAAGUGAAGCUGGAUGUAUACAAAAGGGGUGCACAUGGUGCCGGGCAGAUGAUGGCAACGCCCCAUGGUGUUUCAACAACACCAAGCUGGGCUACAACGGGGUGUGUCCCUCCAGCAUACCUCCAUCCAAGCGAGCAGAUUGCAAUAAGCGUACCAAUAGCGAGUGCGUUAACACCGGUUGUGUGUGGUGUCCCGAAUCCGGAGGACCAUGGUGUUUCCACGAUGACAAUGCCGUCAACCCACCCCUGUCGACUACUCCAUCACCCUGGACGGAUAACUCCACCAGGGCAGAUUCACCCAUUACCGUAUCCCCCGGUUGCCCUUCCACACUCCUCCCAUCUGAGCGUAUUGAUUGCUAUCCGGAGCAGGGUGCCAGUGAGGCAGGGUGCUUGGCUCGUGGGUGCUACUGGUGUGAGGAAGCUCAUGGAGUACCUUGGUGUAGCUACCCAACACUUGACCCAGUGUACCCCACUACUGAUCCAGUUGGUGGUGAUGAUGGUGAUGAUAGUGGAUGUUGGUCUGAUAUUCCAGAGCAGAGCCGGCGAGACUGCUACCCUGGUGGAGGUGCUUCCAAGGAUAACUGUGAAGCACGCGGCUGUUUCUGGUGCGCAUCCACCCAACCCGGCACCCCAUGGUGUUUCUUCAACAUCACCGGGGAAUCGCCUGAUCCAGCCCUGGAUGUUUACCGUGUCGACUGCGCUCCUGACGGCCGCUACGACGAGUGCUUGGCUAGGGGAUGCGAACUGGCAGGGACAGACGUCGUGGGUGCACCGUUGUGUUUCUUCCCCGUUGAUAUGGGAUACACAAUGAGUGGUUUCUCUGAAACGCCGACUGGAUACAUCAUCUCUCUCAAGAAGGAGCAUGAUUUCACAUUAUUUGGAGACGACAUGAAACAACUUGUCCUCUUUGUGGAGUUCCAAACAGAUGAUCGCCUCCACUUCAAAUUCAUAGAUGCUAUGCAGUCUCGCUUUGAGGUUCCCCUCGACAUACCUGCUCCUACUGUCAAGGCAUCAAGUCUCAAAUAUGACGUGGUUUUCUCCAAUUACCCAAUCUUCAACAUGCAGGUUAUCCGUAAUGCAACUGGUACUGUAGUGAUUGACACUUCACUCGGUGGCUUUGUUUACUCGGAUCAGUAUCUGCAGUUUGCUACCAAGCUUCCAGAGAACAGUGAGCUGUAUGGGUUUGGAGAGCAUGAGCAUCACUCCUUGCGACAUGAGAUGAACUGGCAAACCAUGGGCAUGUACUCUCGUGACCAACCUCCAACGGCCAAUGGUAACCUGUAUGGAGUACAUCCCUUCUACAUGGUGAUUGAAGAGGAUUUCAACACACAUGGUGUACUCAUUCUCAACAGCAAUGCACAAGAUGUGACAUUGUCGCCUGCACCAUAUCUGGCAUAUCGUACUAUUGGAGGCGUGUUAGAUUUCUAUGUUUUCAUGGGUCCAACCCCAGAAAAUGUUGUGCAACAAUAUACAGAGACCAUCGGACGAACUUUUCUGCCACCUUAUUGGUCACUUGGUUUCCAGCUGUGUCGCUAUGGUUACAACAGCUUAGAUACGGUCAAACAAACAGUGUCCAGGAUGCAGUCUUACAACAUACCUCAUGAUGUCCAAUACGGUGACAUUGACUACAUGGAUGAACAGAGAGAUUUCACGUACGACAUCGUCAACUACAACGGCCUCCCUGAAUAUGUUCAAGAGCUGAAGGCUCAGGAUUAUCAUUACAUCAUCAUUCUGGAUCCUUGCAUAGGAAAUGACCUUGCGCCAGAGCAGUAUCCAGCCUAUGAUUCCGGCAAUGCCAAGAAUGUGUGGAUCACUGAGAGUGAUUGCGUCACUCCUGCUGUUGGAAAGGUGUGGCCCCCAGAGAACUCGGUCUUCCCUGACUACACAAACCCCGCCACCGAAGAGUGGUGGAUCGAUGAAUGCGUCAAGUUUCAUGGAGUCAUCGAAUAUGACGGGCUGUGGAUCGACAUGAAUGAACCAGCUAACUUUGGGACAGGUUCUGUGACUGGCUGUGCCAUUAACAAAUGGAACAAUCCCCCGUACUUACCAAAAAUAUUUGGUGACGUGCUAGCUGACAAGACCCUGUGUCCUGACUCUUGCCAAUACCUUGGCAAUCAUUAUGACCUACACAGUCUGUUCGGAUGGAGCCAGUCUAUUCAAUCACUACCAGCGGCCCAGGCUGCAACAGGCAAACGUAGCAUCGUCAUCAGUCGCUCAACAUUCCCGGGUAGUGGCAAGUAUGCUGGUCAUUGGUUGGGAGACAACUACAGUCAAUGGAGCAAUCUCCACUACUCCAUCAUCGGUUCUCUUGAAUUCAACAUGUUUGGUAUUCCAUAUAUUGGUGCUGACAUCUGCGGAUUUAAUGGUGACGUCAAUGAGAAUUUGUGCCAACGAUGGAUGCAGCUUGGAGCUUUCUACACGUUCUCUCGUAACCACAAUGGCAAGGGAUACAAGGAGCAAGAUCCUGCUGCCUUUGGGGAUGAGCUUGCCCGUGUGAGCCGAGAGAUUCUGGAGGUUCGAUACACGCUUCUACCGUUCCUGUACACACUGUUUUAUGAGGCUCACACACUGGGAUCAACUGUGAUGCGCCCCCUUAUGCACGAGUUCGUUGGUGACAAAGAAACACAUGUGAUUGACAGACAGUUCCUUUGGGGCCCCGCCCUUCUUAUCACACCUGUCCUUGAUGAGGGUUAUGUCUCAGUCGAUGGAUACUUUCCCGAUUGUCGUUGGUACGACUACUACACGGGUAAAGAGAUGGCAUAUGCAUCACGUGGUACGUACGUCACUCUGUCUGCUCCUAUGGAUUAUAUGCCUCUUCACGUUAGGGGCGGGCAUAUCUUACCCACCCAGGAACCAGCCGUUAACACAGUGCAAAGCCGAACCAACCCAAUGGGUCUCAUUGUAGCUCUUGAUGAUAACAAUGAAGCGAGUGGCAAGUUGUUUUGGGAUGAUGGAGAUUCAAUAGAUACCUACAACAAAGGCGAAUACUUCCUCAUGGAAUUCAAUGCGACUAAGGGUCUGCUGACUAGUGCCAUAACGAGAGACGCUUACAGUGGAGCAAGCAGUUUGUCGUGGGGGACUCUUCGCAUUUUGGGGGUAUCCUCUGCAUCGGGUGUCACUGUGAAUGGAGUUAACCAUCUCGGUUUCAUCUUUAAUCCGAGCACUAAGGAAUUGCGGAUCGAGAAUGUUGGACAGGGAGUGACGUCACCGCUCACCAUCACCUGGAACUAAUCUUUGGAUAAACUCCCCCCAAAACGGACGGAAGCAAACCUAAAAGGAACCUUGAUAAUGAUGUCACUUACAAUGAUUGACACUCAUUCAUGAGGACGUACUAUUUAAAAAAUGUGAUUUAUGAUUUUUGCCUUAAUAACAAAUGUAUUAUAAUCUUUUGUUUUCUUAAUAACAAAUGUAUUAUAAUCUUUUGUUUUCUGAGUGUUUUCAAAUUUAUAUGAGAAAGAUUCUUAAUUCACAAUACCAUUUUGCAUUCACUUCACUGUAUGAAAUGUCAGGCUAGAUUUUUGGAUUAAAAAAUGUAUACAUUUGUGAAACAAUUGUAGAGUCAUAAAGAAUAUGACUAUUGUAAUAGUUUGAGUUUUACCGAGUACUUGCACCAAUGUGUGAUUUAAGCACUGCAUACUCAGUGCUUUCCAAGUGCUGUGAAAAAAAGACAAGUAAUUCACAGUGUACUCGGGUGUACAAACCUAUAAAUUAGACAUCAAUGCUUGGA